GUCCGGCGCCUUCCUUAAUCCUGUAAACGGCGCCGGGCAGCUUCCUCUCCCUCCAGCUCUCUGUUUCCUUUCUUGCGUCUAAAGAAAACCCUCAGCUGGUUUCUUUCGCCUUUCCUCUUCGCCGUAGAAACAACUGGACGAGGGCAGAGAGAAGAACAGACGACGAUGUCCGCCACCGUUGCCGAUUUAGCGGCGCGUUCCUCUGCCGCCGCCGCUUCUUGUCAGGCAUCGCGUUACGUCCUGAAGUCGUCCUCUCACCUCGCGACCGCUGUUGCCGCUGCCGUCGUCGGCUAUCGGUAUGCGCCUCACUUUCUAUUUCGCCUUCUCUUCUUAUUCGCCGAAUUUGCAUGCUACAAGAUUAAGAACAACCUCGAAAUCCCGAAUAGAACGCAAACGAAGUAACUCCGAAAUUAAAUGGGGGUAUAGGGUUGCGAUUAUUUGGAUUUCAUUGGUUUUCAUUUUUGUUAAUUUAAGGGUUGAAUUCCUUUUGCGUUUUCUAGAUUUUGUGAUUGAACAGGGUUUGGUUGAUAAGGUUUUGAAGAACGAUUGUGCUGAUUUUGGUGGAGAAUGUUACCAUUUUUAGGGUUUUGUGCAAACCAACAGAUGUUACUUUUCCUUUACGAUUCCUCUGUCCUCGUACUGUUCUCAGCUUUGUGGAGGAUAAUCAGCAAUUUGAAUUCAGUAGUCAGUACUUCAUUUCCUGUUGUUCUCUGUUAUUUUUCAAGGUGAAUGAACGAGUUUAGGAUUUCAAAGCUUCAACUCCAUCGAUUGUUGUUUGUAACAACAGGUGCCUUUUCUUCUUUUUACCUCAUAGAAUGCAAUUGAAGAGGAUUUGCAAACAAAGGGUUUAGUGUUGUAGAAAGUAUGUUGCUGCCCUUCUGGUAUACAACCCUCGUCGUGCGAUUAUGUUUAUGGGGAAGUAGAAAAUUGCAGGCUUGCUAUCUGAAUGAAAUAUUUAUGGUGGUUGUGAAAAUUCUAUUUUCUCAUUCAAAAAUAUGUUCUUCUUUUAUGGGUAUCUACCCUUUCCCCAUUCUGAGAGAAAAGAUGCUGCUUAUUCUUUGAGUUAUCCAACUUCAGGAGUAGUUUUUUAUGGAAUUUUCUAGGUGCUAAUUGGUAGUCAUUUGAGUUCCAUAGAGCUACAUAUGUUUGUCAUACUUCAUAGGAAAGUAGAAGCUCCAAUCACUUUAACUAGGUUCUAGGUGCUAAUGUACAUAUUAACUGUUCGUUCCAACCAGGUACAACGACACUGUUGGAAAAGGUUUCCGCAAGAUCACAGGAAGACGAACUCUUAACUUUUUGCCGGAUAGAUCCAGCAUCGUGUGCCAGCCUAACUCAGCUGCAUUGCCUAGUUUGUCCCUCAGCCAAAGUCCAUAUGGACCGAAUCAGAUCCAGCAUAUCAGUACUUCAAAAGGUCAGUUCUCUCGUUUUGCUUCUGUCAAACUAAGAUCGAGUAAUGGGUGAUAAUGGCUGUGCCCUUGUGUCUUAGAUGCAUAAUUCUAGGCUGAAAGUGACUUGGUUAUGUAUAUAUUUGGACAUUUAUAGGAACAAAAGUUCGUGGAUUUUCCAUAUCUACAUGUGCUUUAAAGGUCAGUUUCGUUGGGAAUAGUGAAUUUCAGCUUAUAACUUUAGGAAGAUUAGACUGGACGACCUCUGCUCUGGUGUUUUGUUUAAUGGAAAAUAUCUUACUGCAUUUUAAAGCGUAAACGGCAAACCAUGGCCCAACCUAACUUGCGGUAGGUUACACAUUUCUAAGGUUUGAGAAAUGAAAAGUUUAGCUGCACUUUUAGAUUGAGAUUACAUUGCAUAUCAUAAGUUUACAACUCAAACUCACGUCAGAAUGAACAAGGUAGUAAAACCAUGGAUUCUAUCUGGAAUCCAAAGGAAAGGUAAGUCGAAAGUUUAAAAGCAAAUUGCAGAAUCUUAUAGAAAUAGAUAUAAUUACCAAUAACACUCUAUAUGCUUGUCGAAUAUAAAUUUUUGGAUAACAAAAUCAUGAUCUUAAUUAUGAUCAAUAUCUAUUAGGUUUGACUUGUUAGAAUAUCUAAUCACCAUAUCCAGGAAGAAGCGUAUACAAGUGUGGAUUUUACCCUGAUUUUGCCCAGUUGAUUGAUUCCACUAGUGUGACAAGUACCUUUUACAUGAAACCAAACUAUACUUGAUGAAUGAACCCAUGAAAGAAUAGGCUUUUAGGACUCAACAUGGGAUUUUGACUACCCUGACAUUGAACUUUCAAUUUGCAGAAAUCCCUUCUAUGAACAUUUCCUCCACAUCAACCUCACUUUUCAAAUUUCAAGAUGGUGAAUCCUCAUACAAUCUUCCAAAGCUACGCAGAAGAGCAUCCAUAAAACCAGCAAAAGCAUACAAGAGCUUCCACUCUCCAGUCUUGGCCGAGAAGCCAGAAUGGUGGUGGAGGACAUUAGCAUGUGUCCCUUAUUUGAUUGCCUUGCAGAUAUCAGCUGCAGGAUACUACAUCCAGCCCUUACUAGAACACUAUGCCUGCUUCGAAAACUUGAUCUUCUUCGUUCCUGGAGCAAUCACACGGCUACCCAUGUGGUUUACAUUGCUCUACUGCUUCUUUGCCUACGGUGGGAUUGUGAAGAACAAAGAAUGUCCUCACUUCUUCAGGUUCCAUCUCAUGAUGGGAUUGCUGUUGGAGACAUCGUUGCAGAUAGUAUGGUUCAUUAGCAAUUUCUUCCCUUUGAUUCACUUCGGGGGAAGGUUGGGAAUGUACUAUUGGGCAGGAGUUGGGUUUGCUUAUAUACUGAUUCUGCUGCAGUGUGUGAGGUGUGCCCUUGCAGGGGGCUAUGCUCACGUACCUUUCAUUUCAGAGAAUGCGUAUAUUCAUACCCAGUUCAACAUUGGUGGUUUACAAAGGCCCUGGUGAAAGAAAGAUGAAUGUUAAUGGCUUGGAAAGAGAAGAGGGCUAGUAUCUAUUGGAUAUUGAUGAAAAGAUGGUUUGUAGAGUAGAUUAGAAGAAGUUUUUGUAACCUUUAUCAUUAUGUAAGCUUCAGUUUUAUCCUUUCUAUUCCCCUUAGCCCCAGGGGUUUCGAACCUUGAUGACAUUAUUUUAUUGAUAUAUUACUAUGUAUCAUUUAUAAAUAAAUCAAUAAUGAUGUU